GUUGUGGGAAAUUGUGUCUGUGUGUGUGUGCAGUUCCAGCAGCUGUUGCAUGCGUGUGCUCAUGUCUCCGGUGGAGGCCCACCCCUUUCCGCCUGCACCGGAGCAGUGGCUGUGCAGGCGAGGAGAGCUCGGAACUGGCUCCAUGGGAGAGGGUCCUUUGCCUGUCAGAGCCUUCCCAGCUGGGAGAAGCAGUGCCGCCGGCUCUGGUCUCAGAGCCCUAUCAGCCGAGCCUGUGGCGAAUUAAUCACUCGCGUUUUAAAUGCCAAUACAGCCCUUUCUGCCUUCUUCCCCCAGUGAUGCGGAUGCGGCGAAGGCAGCAAAUCCUCCGGCUGUGCGUGCCCUCCCUGGACUGCUGCUCCAUCCCCGCCUGCCGUGCCCGCGCCUGUGCAUGGCUGGGAGCGCUGCCUAGGUGCGGCCGGGAAUGAGCCAGCUGCGGGGCGAGGACCGCCACAGCUCCGAGGGGUGACACGAGUGGGGGACACCCCCCACACAAACACAUCUGCAGGGCUGCAAGUUGCUUGAGGACCGGGGUCUUUUGUGCCUCCACUUCGUCUCUGUCAUGCCCCGUAUGGAAGCUGGGAGCAGUCACCCCUCCAGAAGCAGAAGGCGAAGUCGUUCGCAAUGAAUCCAUGGCAGCUUCGAUCGAGCGGUGAGCUGGAGCACCUACUCACAGGCCACUCCUUCAUGUGACUGAACAGAGACCUUUCCCAGCACUUGCCAAGGAGAGCAGAGCCCUGGAUUUACCUCCGGCGCACCCGGGCACCCCCAGCGCAGGCACUGCGAGAUUCCAGUGACAGAUGGAUCUCUCUCAUGCACACUUGCUCUUUCCCUCUCUGUAUUUUUAUUUUCGACAUGUUUGAUCCAAAGCCCUGAAGCUUCUCAGAGGGAACCCAGGAAAGAAGGAAGAGAAGGAGUAGAAACCAAGGGAGUGUGAGCGACACAGGAGGCAGCCCUGCCUUGUUCUUCCAAAUCACACUGUGGAGGGACGGGGGAAGACUAGAGAGGGAGGACUUGGGUUUGUUUUGGGGUGGGUUUGGCAUGGGUGGGGGGUGGGUGGGAGGGAACAAAAGGGGAAAAAGUGUGUGAGUCGCUCAUGAGCAUCAAAGAAGAUUCAUUAUCCUCGGCCUGAAUUUUUAUUUAGAAAAGAAGCACAAGGUAGUUCCCUUCCAGACCAAACAUCCACAGUCAUAGCUUUUGGGUGUUCUGGAAGAAUAUUGCAUGUGUUCCCCCUCCUCUAUGCUCCUGGCUUGACCCAGAAGGCAAGAAGAAAUAAUGGUAAUGACAUGUGAUAGGACUGGGGUGCUCAUUCCCUUCCAUUGUUAAACCUCAGUUCUUACCCCCUAGUUUCUUUUUGUCCUUCUCCUGAGAUUUGGAAUUGGUUUUUGUUGGGGAUUUCUUUCCCCCCAUCCUGAUGAGGGCACCACUGCAGACCAUGCUGUGCCUGGGGUUGUGGGCAGCUGCCCUGCUCUGCUUGUUUUCCCCUGGCACCGUGCGGGGUGACUGCUGGCUGAUUGAGGGGGACAAAGGGUAUGUGUGGCUGGCCAUCUGCAGCCAGAAUCAGCCCCCAUAUGAGACCAUCCCUCAGCACAUCAACAGCACGGUGCAUGACUUGCGUCUGAACGAGAACAAGCUCAAAGUGGUGCUGUACUCCUCCCUCAACCGGUUCGGCAACCUGACUGAUUUGAACCUGACCAAGAAUGAGAUCUCCUACAUUGAGGAUGGGGCUUUCAUGGGUCAGUCAAACCUCCAGGUCCUACAGCUGGGCUACAACAAACUCACCAACCUGACAGAGGGCAUGUUGCGGGGCAUGGCCCGCCUCCAGUUCCUCUUUGUGCAACAUAACCUAAUUGAACUGGUCACCCCUACUGCCUUCUCUGAGUGCCCCAGCUUGAUUAGCAUUGACCUGUCAUCCAACCGCCUCAGCCGUCUGGAGGGCAACACUUUCACCAGCUUGAGCAACCUGAUGGUGUGUGAGCUGGCUGGCAACCCCUUCAACUGCGACUGUAGCCUCUACGGCUUUCUUAACUGGCUGGCCCUCUUCAACAACGUCACCAAGAACUAUGACCGCCUCCAGUGUGAGACUCCACGGGAGUUUGCUGGGUAUCCGCUUCUGGUGCCCCGGCCUCACCACAACCGCAAUGCCAUCACCAUCUUCCAGUCCAUGUGCAGAGGGGGCACCAUCCCCUCCCUCUCCAGGGUCAACCCAACCCCUUACACCCCUGACUCCCAGCGAGAUCUGGAUGAGGGGUCAGCCAUCAGCCCUGGGGAUUUUCUCUCAGUCAAGCCUCCAGCCUCUUCCACCACUGACUCCUCCUUCAGUCCCAGCAUCAAGUUACAUGAUGUCACAAUCACUUCAGCCAUCCUGAUGGUCACCAUCCCCAUGCCCUACAGUAAGAUGUAUGUGCUGGUCCAAUACAACAACAGCUAUGUUUCUGACAUAGCAACACUGAAGAGUAAGAAGGAAUAUGUCACUGUCAACAAGCUGAAGGCCCACACCGAUUAUACAUUCUGUGUGGCCUCUAUCCGCAACAACAGGCGUUACAACCAUACUUGCCUGACCUUUGCAACCCGGAGCAAAGGCAGGGAGGAUCCUAUUUCCAGUACUUCCACCACUACACACUAUAUUAUGACCACCCUGGGAUGCCUUUUUGGAAUGGUCAUUGUCCUGGGGGUGGUGUACUACUGCCUGCGGAAGCGGAGGAUGCAGGAGGAGAAACAGAAGUCACUCAAUGUCAAAAAGACCAUUCUAGAAAUGCGUUAUGGAUCAGAUAUUGAUACCAGUACCAUGGUCCAUCCUUCCCAGAAGCUGGGUGAGCCACCUGUCAUUCCUGUCUCACGGAUGUCCUCCAUCCCUUCCAUGAUUGGGGAGAAGUUGCCCCCAUCAAAGUCAAUGGACGCUGGGAUGGAGACUCCCAAAGUCACCACUAAAGGUAACUACAUUGAGGUGCGGACAGGUGGUGGGGAUGGGCUGGAGAGAACCCAGCGAGAUGAGGACCUGAGGGAGCUUGACAAUGGACAAGGCUCAGCUGCUGAGAUCUCUACUAUAGCCAAGGAAGUAGACAAGGUCAACCAGAUCAUCAACAACUGUAUUGAUGCCCUCAAGCUGGAUACAGCAUCUUUCCUGGGUGGUGGGACUGGUGUUGACUCAGAUAUGGCCUUUGAGUGCCAGUCCAUCCCAGCUGGUUCCUCAAGUGGGCUAGAGAGGCCCAGCUUUCUUUCCCCACCCUACAAAGAAAGCUCCCACCACCCUUUGCAGCGCCAGCUCAGUGCUGAUGCUGCUGUGGCCAGAAAGACCUGCAGUGUCUCUUCUAGUGGCUCCAUCAAGAGCGCCAAGGUCUUCAGCUUGGAUGUGCCUGACCACCCACCACUCAGUAAGUCUGACUCCAAAUACAUUGAGAAGGGCAGUCCACUAAACAGCCCUUUGGAUCGUCUUCCCUUGGUGUCUCCGAGCGCCAUCCACCACUUGGAGGUCAAGCCUUCUUACCAUUGCAGUGAGCACCGUCACUCCUUCCCGGCCCUGUACUAUGAGGAAAGUGCUGACACCUUGAGCCAGCGGGUGUCAUUCCUCAAGCCACUGUCCCGGUCCAAGCGAGACUCAACGUACUCCCAGCUCUCCCCCAGACACUACUUCUCGGGCUACUCCUCCAGCCCCGAGUACUCCUCAGAGAGCACCCACAAGAUCUGGGAGCGAUUCCGGCCUUACAAGAAGCAUCACAGGGAGGAGGUUUACAUGGCAGCUGGGCAUGCCCUGCGGAAGAAAGUUCAAUUUGCCAAGGACGAGGAUCUGCAUGACAUCCUGGAUUACUGGAAAGGAGUCUCUGCUCAGCAGAAGCUGUGACUCUUCCUCACAAGGAAACAAUACAACCCAAGACCCCCCCCCGCCCCCCGCCUCCAACAACCAGAAAAAAAAGCCACUUGACUGUGAAAAAUAAAACAACAACAAAAUACUCCUGACAAAUACAAAACUGACAAAACCUUUUCUUAAAGUUUACAACAACUGUUACACACACAGACACACACACUGACACACACACACACACACACACACGCCGAAUUGUCUCUACUGUGUUACGGGGACCAUUGUUCUGCCCACAGAUGGUUGGGAGGAGCGCCCUGCUCUGACACUGUGAUAACAAUGUUGGAGUGUGGGUGGGUGGGAAUGGGCUGGGAGUGGUUGGCAGUGGUGGUAGGAGAAGGGAAGAGAUGGACACUCACUGGGCGUGAAACUCAGCUGUGAACUAUUCAUCUUUCUGUUCCUGUUGAAGGCUGAUUUUUCUUUUGGGUGGGAGGGAAGGACUUUGGUUUAGAAAGCUUCCUUGUCCACCUUGUACACUUGCUAUGCCAAAUCUUCCAUCACUAACUUUUUCCCUCAUUUUCUUUAGCAGUGGAGGAUUUUCUCUUUCUCCUGUCCCCUUCCAAAACAGGUGGGAAUUGCUGGAAGAAGUUCUCUCCCUUCUUUUCCUUUGCCCUUCCC